CUUUGAGUCACGUUAUAAACGAACGAUAGUCUCUUCUUAGAAUUACAAGCAACGGAAAUCUUUAAAACAGUCACAUAUACGCGGAGAUAUGUCACUACGGAGGUAGAGCGUUAAAGACGGGAUAUAACUCUUUCAAUUUCUGGCGUUAACGGUGAAGUGAUCAUGGGUUUUAUCCGAGUAAAAUUGAUAGAAGUCGAGCCGGCGUCGACUUGGGUGAAAGACCCACAGUCCUUUGAUUGUUACUGCGCUGUGCACAUAAAAGAAGCAGUGAUGUCUGCAUCGCAGGGAAUUUCACUAGUGCAGAAGAAAAAGACAAUUUAUCCAGAAUGGAACAAGUGCUUUGAUACUCAUUUAUACGAAGGCCGAGUAAUAACCAUUGUAGUUCUACAGAAACCUACUGGAAAGGUUGUAGCCGAUGUCUCAAUUGGAGUUCAGUUCUUGGUUGAUCAAUGCAAGCGUGAUGCACAUGGUUUUUCCAGUGUUUGGCUGGAUCUUCAACCCAAUGGCAGACUACUGGUUCAAGUGCGGCAUUUUAUUGAAGUUUUAGAUGACCCUACCAAAGAAGGUAAACCCCAUGAAAACCACAGUGGGCUCACUGGAAGGCGUGGUGCCAUGCGAAAACAGAAAUGUCACAUUUUUAAUGGUCACAAUUAUGUUGCCAGAUUCUUUCGGCAGCCUGUGUUUUGUUCUGUUUGUACAGAAUUUAUGUGGGGAUUUGGAAAGCAAGGAUAUCAAUGCACUGUUUGUACAAAGGUGUGUCAUAAAAAGUGUCAUGACAGAAUUGUCAGUCACUGCCCUGGAACACAAAAUGUAGCUGAGGAGACCAAGAAAAUGAAGGAGAGAUUCAAAGUUGACAUUCCACAUAAAUUGGGGCUAACAACAUAUUUAAGACCAACUUUUUGUGACCAUUGUGGAUCAAUGUUGUAUGGAUUAUACAAACAAGGCCUGAAGUGCAAAGAAUGUGGCUUGAACUACCACAAGAAGUGCGAGAGAUUCAUUCCAAACACUUGCGGUAUCAACCAAAUGAUGCUCGCGGAGGCAAUAGCCAUCACGAAGAAAGAGAGGAUACGCAAGAUUAGCCAAGAGCAAAGGCAAGCUCUAGGGGGCAAACCUUCUCCCACAGCUCGUGGUAACAAUGAUGAUGAUGAUGACGAUGAUGAUGACGACGACCAUGGUGUGUAUGAAACUCUGUGGGACGCGAUUUCUCCACCUGUGCCUCAGAGGACAGUCAGUAUCAAAGGAAAAGAUGUCAGAAGGAUUGAACAACCUCUCUACCACAUUGAAGAUUUUAAUCUGCUUAAAGUUCUGGGAAAAGGGAGCUUUGGCAAGGUGCUACUCUGUGAGCUGAAAGAAACGAAACAAGCAUUUGCAAUUAAAGCACUGAAAAAAGAUGUGGUUUUAGAAGAUGAUGAUGUUGAAUGCACCAUGGUGGAAAGAAGAAUUCUGGCGUUGGCGACGAGACAUCCUUUUUUGACUCAUCUUCAUUCUGCGUUUCAGUCUCAGGAUCACUUAUUUUUCGUCAUGGAGUACCUCGGAGGUGGUGACUUGAUGUUCCAUAUACAAACUGUCGGCAAGUUUGAUGAGACAAGAUCCAGGUUCUAUGCUGCUGAAAUUGUGUGUGGCUUGGAAUUCUUACAUGGUCGAGGAAUCGUUUACAGAGAUCUAAAACUCGACAAUGUUCUGCUGGAUGCAGAUGGUCACAUCAAAUUAGCAGACUUCGGUAUGUGCAAGGAAGGAAUUUCCGAAUCUAAGAAGGCGACAACAUUCUGUGGAACGCCAGAUUACAUUGCACCCGAGAUACUGAAGGGAUGGCGUUACGACUCGGCAGCUGAUUGGUGGUCUUUUGGUGUUCUUUUAUACGAGAUGCUGAUUGGUCAGUCUCCGUUCGCUGGUGAAGACGAGGAAGAUUUGUUUGACUCCAUCUGCCGUGAUAAGGUUCAUUAUCCAAAGUGGAUCUCACAACCUGCAGAAGAUUGCUUGAGCCAGCUCUUUGAAAGGACCCCGAUGGAGAGACUUGGCUACAGAAAUGGAACCAACCCGGCCAUCCGAAAUCACAAGUUUUUUGAACGCAUUGACUGGGUUAAGCUUGAAGACAGGAGAGUGGCACCGCCCUUCAAACCUAAUGUGGGUUCAGAUCACGAUACGAACAAUUUUGAUCCCGAUUUCACCAUGGAAGCACCACGGUUUACCCCAACAGACAAAGAUCUACUGCAGUCAAUGGACCAGGGACAAUUCCGAGGAUUCUCGUUUGUAAAUCCUUACUUUGGUACACAGCACUAAUUUAUAGACUUAAAGAAAACCAUUUUGCCUAGUGUGCAUCUUAAAAAAUUUAACGUCGCGUUACGUCUCCUCGUCACGCAACGCUAUCGUAACUCACGCAUUGUGUGACUGAUGCUUAGGAGUCAUUAUCAAUUAUGAAACUUGGAAAUUUGGCUGGGUUUUGAUUUUUGCGGAUUUUGGGUUUAUCCUUGAUCCGCUAAAAAAAGUUCUAAGAAAAAUAAUGAGCUGUAAAAAUGAGACGCCAGAAAAAUUACUUCCUUUAAGUCAUAAAAAUCUCUGCAUAUUGGUUAAAUUGCACUCCGUGUUCGAUUUUCACUCGAAAUCUUCAUCAACGAAUCAUCUACUCUGCAUCUCGCUCCCUUUUUCGUUGAUAUUCUGAGCCUGAAAAGAAAAACGUUAAAAAACUUUCCGGUAGAAAUUUCAUUCAUUUCGAAUCAGCAUGAAGUUGCUCCGCUGACCAAAACUCCUGCUGGAUUUUCGCACUACAAAGUAAACUUUCCGCGUUCGUCAAUCCCAGUCCUGUCAAUGUUCUCCAUCUUAAGCCAGCCUUGUAUCUUUUAGGUUUGUUUUAUCCAUUUUGCCAUUUUUCCUUCUCAGUAGAUUAUUAUUUUGUAUUUCUCUUCUUUUGAAGUUUUUUUAUCGUUAAAUGUGAUCACAAAGCUCCUUUUGUGAGGUGUAACUUAGUUAUUCCAACUUGAUUUACCUGUUUCAUGCCCUCAUAAUGAUCGCCUCGGCACCAGCCUUCCUUUGCCCAUGGGAAAGUAUGAGACCUUGGGUCUGGCACUGGUAAUGAGGCUGAUUAUUAGUUCCAGACCCUCGGCAGUCGUCUUCUCGACUUGCCUCAAAUUUUCUCCCGCGGGCAGAGAAACACGCGUCCUGCAGCGCUCAUGAUGAGGGCCUGAUUGCAGACUAUAAAAAUUUACUCUAGUUAGGUAUGGUCCUUAAGCUUAACUUCUGAGACUUGUCAUUUGUUCUUUACUUCUAAAUUUGAUUCUUAGUAUGACGAAUUUGUCUCAAGGCUCCCAGUUUUUCGUGUAGGCCGCUCUAGAGUUGAUAUCAAAUUGAAUAUGAUUGUUAAAUCUCAGUUGUCCUUGCGUGACCUUCGCUUGUCACGCCUCAGACAAAACAUUAAUGACGCGUGACUUACCUCAUGAAAGACUAAACGUUCUUUUCAUGGGAUCAAAGCUAUGGGGCUAGUUAGAGCAUGAAAAGUAUAUGCAAUAUCGAAAUCAAAAUGCAAUCAAAUUAUAUUUCUUUUAAUUUUUUUUCUUUUCAUUUCACUGAAAAGUCCUCUCAAAUAAUCUUAAAUCUUCCCUUGUUAUGAUUUCGAGUUUAGAUCGGGAACCAGUCUCAAACUGAAAAAGGAGAAACAAUUAGUGAAGGGAACUUUAGUUUUUACAUUUCUUUCCAAGGAAGAAAAUUCCGGGAAUAGUAAAAGAAUAGGAAAUAUCAAAUUUACUUUUAAUCAUCAUUAAACUUUUAAACUUUUAGGAUGUUGGAAGUUUUAUUUGAAUCAUAUGAAUUGUAAUCGGAAUCAAGUAAACUGAAAAGUGUUCCUUCUGUGUUGAAUAUUGCACUUAACUUGUAUAAUACUGUAAAUUAUUUGCACCGAGUAUUAAAGUUAGGAAUAAAUGUCGUGGAAAUAUAGCG